AUGACAACCUCAGCUUCUGCGAUUGAUCUUACUUACAUUUAUAAACUUUCAAUCAUUAAAAUAAAAUCUAUUGGUAGUAAUCAAUCAACCAAUAAUCCAAAUAUUCGUAAAGAAAAUAAUAAUCAUUUACGUAAAUUAGUUUUAAUUAAUACUUUUAUUGAACGUAAAAUGGCUUUUUAUGAAAAGAUUUUAUUAUCAAAGCAACGUUUCUCUCAUAUUAAUACUUCGGAAAAUAUUGUUGAUAAUGUUUAUCAUCGUCCGAUCUCUUCUCCGAUAUCUUCAUCUCCAAUCUCUUCUCCGAUCUCAUCUCCGAUUUCUCCUCCUCCUCCUUAUACUCCGAUACCUACUUUUAUUCCUAUUCAUUUACCUUCACCAAAUUCUUCUAAAAUUAUGAGCUCAACAGAAAAUAGAGCCGUGGAACCGACGAACGAAUUAAUCAAUGAAAUCCAAAGUAACAUCGAAAGUGUAGACCCCAAUAUUCCUCCAAGAUAUAUAAAGGCUCUCUGA